CGCAGCCCGGGGGCGGCGCCUAGUUCGCCGCCGUCUCUCUCAGCAUUCGCUGUGCUGUCUUUGUCCACCCGCGUCGCAACCGCUGCGCUUUGUUCCCGGUGCCCGUGUCUGGGUCGGCCGGGCGCGCCGCAGAGUAGCUGCCGCCGAUCUGGCGUCGUCGUCGCCCCCCUCGCCGCCGGCCUCUGCGCGCGGCCGGGCCUUGCCCCCCAUGGUCUCCCGGCCUGAACCGGAGGGCGAGGCCAUGGACGCCGAGCUGGCGGUGGCACCGUCGGGCUGUUCGCACCUGGGCAGCUUCAAGGUGGACAACUGGAAGCAGAACCUGCGGGCCAUCUACCAGUGCUUCGUGUGGAGCGGCACGGCUGAGGCCCGCAAGCGCAAGGCAAAGUCCUGCGUCUGCCAUGUGUGUGGUGUCCACCUGAGUAGGCUUCACUCCUGCCUGUACUGCGUUUUCUUUGGCUGUUUCACAAAGAAACACAUGCAUGAACAUGCGAAAUCCAAGCGGCACAACCUGGCCAUUGAUCUGACAUAUGGAGGUAUAUACUGCUUCUUGUGUCAGGACUACAUCUAUGACAAAGACAUGGAAAUAAUUGCCAAAGAGGAACAGCGGAAAGCUUGGAAGAUGCAAGGCGCUGGAGAGAAGUUUUCAACUUGGGAACCAACCAAACGGGAGCUGGAACUGCUGAAGCACAACCCCAAGAGGAGGAAGAUAACCUCCAACUGCACCAUAGGCCUACGUGGGCUGAUCAACCUGGGGAACACGUGCUUCAUGAACUGCAUUGUUCAGGCUCUGACCCACACGCCACUCUUACGAGACUUCUUUCUGUCAGACAGACACCGUUGUGAGAUGCAGAGCCCCAGUUCCUGCCUGGUCUGUGAGAUGUCCUCACUCUUCCAGGAGUUUUACUCGGGGCACCGCUCCCCUCACAUCCCGUAUAAGCUGCUGCACCUGGUGUGGACCCACGCACGGCACCUGGCGGGUUAUGAGCAGCAGGAUGCACAUGAGUUCCUCAUCGCAGCCCUGGAUGUCCUCCACCGACAUUGUAAAGGGGAUGACAAUGGGAAGAAGGCCAACAACCCCAACCACUGCAACUGCAUCAUUGAUCAAAUCUUCACCGGUGGGCUGCAGUCUGAUGUCACAUGCCAAGUCUGCCAUGGAGUCUCCACCACCAUCGACCCCUUCUGGGACAUCAGUUUAGACUUGCCAGGUUCCUCCACCCCAUUCUGGCCUCUGAGCCCAGGGAGUGAGAGCAGUGUGGUGAAUGGGGAAAGCCAUGCAUCUGGUACUACCACGCUCACGGACUGCCUGCGGAGAUUUACCAGACCAGAGCACUUAGGAAGCAGUGCCAAGAUCAAGUGCAGUGGUUGUCAUAGCUACCAGGAGUCCACUAAGCAGCUCACCAUGAAGAAGCUGCCCAUUGUGGCCUGCUUUCAUCUCAAACGAUUUGAACAUUCAGCCAAGCUGAGACGGAAGAUCACCACAUAUGUGUCCUUUCCCCUGGAACUGGACAUGACACCUUUCAUGGCCUCCAGCAAAGAGAGCAGGAUGAAUGGGCAGUACCAGCAGCCCACAGACAGUCUCAACAAUGACAACAAGUAUUCCUUGUUUGCUGUAGUUAACCAUCAAGGGACCUUGGAGAGUGGCCACUAUACCAGCUUCAUCCGACAGCACAAAGACCAAUGGUUCAAAUGUGACGACGCCAUCAUCACCAAGGCCAGCAUCAAGGAUGUGCUGGACAGUGAGGGGUACCUGCUGUUCUACCAUAAACAGUUCCUGGAAUACGAGUAGUCUCCUCCACUUGUCAGAAAACGGAGGGCGACGAGUUGACAAGUCUCCCAAGAUGAUCCCCUGUUCCCCUGACCACAUGACACCCUGACACCCCUCCUGUUCAGACAUGCCACAUUCAGGGCUCCUCUGCACAUAGGAGUUAUGGUGUCAGGGUGGACACACUGUGGAGCAGAACUGUCCUGUGUCCUGGGUGGGAAAGGAGCUUUGGGGCUCUGUGGCAGUGUCUCCUGUCUCCGAAGCGUGUGGGAGAUGGGGACGGUAUCCUCAGUGCAGAGCAGCCCCUGCCUGGUGCUUCAUUUGGUAGUCCCAUGCAUGCGGUUUGAAAAGGCUCCUGCCAUUUGGAAAUUUUGGGUCCAUUAAAGCUGUAAAGUAGAC